CCGGGGGCCCAGCUCGGGCUCGGCCGCUGUGCCCGCAGGGCCUGGGGGGCGGCCUGGGCGCGGCCGGGGACCCCCCCGUUCCCGGAGCUCUGGGGCCCGCGCGAGGGGGUCGCGGACGGGCGGGCUCGGGGCUCGGGCUCGGGCUCGGGGCCGGCGGCGCGGGCACGGGGGCUCGCACUUCCAGCCGGGGCGACCCGGGGCUGCGCGCAAACCGUUAACACCCGGGCCAAGUGCAGAGCCUCAAGAGCUUUGAGGGUGCAGAGAGCUGAGUGCCUGCGAAAUGGCCCUGGUGCCCUAUGAGGACACAGCGGGAGUGGGGUUGCAGAAAUUCCACAAGCCUCUUGCCACCUUCUCCUUUGCGAACCACACGAUCCAGAUCCGGCAGGACUGGAGGCAGCUGGGAGUCGCAGCAGUGGUUUGGGACGCGGCUGUGGUUCUUUCCACCUACCUGGAGAUGGGAGCUGUGGAGCUCAGGGGCUGCUCUGCGGUGGAGCUGGGUGCCGGCACCGGGCUGGUGGGCAUAGUGGCUGCCCUGCUGGGUGCUCAUGUGACUAUCACGGAUCGAAAAGUAGCAUUAGAAUUUCUUAAAUCAAACGUUCAAGCCAAUUUACCUCCCCAUAUCCAACCCAAAGCUGUUGUUAAGGAGCUGACUUGGGGACAAAAUUUGGGGAAUUAUUCACCUGGAGAAUUUGACCUGAUACUUGGAGCUGAUAUCAUAUAUUUAGAAGAAACAUUCGCAGAUCUUCUUCAAACUUUGGAACAUCUCAGUAGCAACCGCUCCGUGAUUCUUUUAGCUUGCCGAAUUCGCUAUGAACGGGACAACAGCUUCUUAGCGAUGCUGGAGAGGCAAUUUACUGUGAGUAAGGUUCACUAUGAUCCUGAAAAGGAUGUACAUAUUUACAAAGCACAGAAGAGAAACCAGAGGGAGGACUUAUAGUUGAUUCUAACUUAUAAGAAUGUUAUUAUUGAGUAUGUCAGUUAAGGCCUCAGACUGGGAAUUGAGACUGGGAAUUGAAUCAUAUUUAAUGAAAUGGUGUAUUGAACAAAAAGUCUAACCAAAGGUGUUCUCAAGGGGCAAAGCACACGUGCAGCUUUAAAACGAGGCAGCACUUUCUCCCAUUGCUGUGACUUUUUAGUUGUAUUUUACUCUGAAAAAUUCAACUAAUAUUAAAAGAAUGUAUAUCUGUCCCAUACUGCUCUCCCUUGAUACAGUUUUCCCUGAUGACAUAAUGAAGGGCUGGUAUAAGGGUGUCUUCAAAGCAGUGAGCUUGUUUUGGUGAGGCCAACCCACGCUGAUAUUUUACAUAUGUUCUCGGAGGUUUCAUCUCAUGCUUUUCGGCUUAAUUUCCAACUUAGGUAUAUAAACAAAGGAUUAAGUAAAAAAUAUUUUUUUACUUUCUGAAAACCCCUGAAAUCUUGGCCCUCCAUGUGCUAUGCACCGGCUGUCUUCUCCAAAAGCUGCAGGUUUUUCCUUACCACUCCCCCUUCUCAAAUGUUGUUUUUAUAUUUCUUGCCUAGGUUUUCCCCUCCUCCUGUAAUGCUUAGGAUAACAAUGAAGGUGGUUUUAAAUCACACCCCUUCAAGGGAGGUUAGCUCCCUGAGGAGAAGCUCCUCCUAUACUGUACUUGUAAGUGCUUAUUCCAGGUCUGGAUUCCCCAGAGGAUGGGGAGCUUCUUGAAGGCCAGGACUGCUCAUGCCUCUUCCCCAGCUGCCUCUCAGUAGCCAGUGUCUCAUAGCCAAAUACUGGUUGAAUGAAAAAGAUACAUUCCAUUUAGAGGGUACUGGUCUUGAGUUAAAUAAUUGCUACGUUAUUUUAUGAUUGUCUUAGACUUUAUGAAUGAAGUCAUACAUCACAUACACAUUUCAUUUUUUAACAAUGUACAAGCUUAACAGCUUACAUACAAUUAGAUGACAAGACUAUUAUAAUCUCAGUAUGGUAUUUGGUACUAGAGAUAGAUUUCCCUUGCGAGACAUUAGGAACAAGACUUCCUCCUUCCUCUUAACCUUUCAGUGACUCUCUUGGAUGUGAAAAUACCCAAUACAUUAUUUUCUACAUAUAUUUUAGAGGUUUUACUUUAAUAAAGAUGAAUUAUGCAUUAAAAGUUCUGAGCAUUCUAUGAUGUACUGGUUCAACACAAUUCUGAUAAAUGCACAUGAAAUAGAAAUAUGCAUAGCAUAUUAGCAAAUCCAUAAAAUGCCAGUAGUGUGCCACGGAUGAACAUGGAAGGCAAGUGAAAGAGGAAUUGAAUUUAAAUAAUAAAAAACCGAAACAAAACCCAACAAGGCGGAUCCCUAACGAAAGGCCAGUCCCAUUCAGGUAUGUUGUUAGAAGUGAGUAUUUUCAUUGGAGUUCGGCUCCUUUAGUAUCCCUGACUUAGGAGAACAGAUACUGAGAUGAUUGUGGAUGUGGAUGGAAACUACAUGGGAUGGAGUAGGUGUGGAAAGCUUCAAGAUGUCUGGAUGGUUUACCAAGUGAAGUAAGCAAUUGGUGGUUUUAAAUGUUCAUAAACAUUAGAGAAAAGGUUGAAGGUAAUUUUUUUUUGUCUUAAUGGAACAAAAUAAAGGGCAAGAAAUAUUCAACAGGAAGUUUGGUUAAGUGAAAAAUCAAAUGAUUUUUUUUUUUUUUUUUUUUUUGCUUUGGGUUUCAGAUGUUGUCAUGGGCUUAGUUCCCUGGGGAAGAAUCCUCAGAGAUGGAGUUUAGGGUGCAGAAAGUUUAAAUGGGAAUGCUUUCAAGAUGGACAUCUCUGAGGGAAUGAAAGUAGCAAGACUGGGGAAGGAGGAGAAAUUGGGCUGGGGUGCAGUCAGAAAAGCCCUCAGAGAAGUGAGAGCUGUGAUGGCCCUGCAGUUGGGCCAUAGUCAGACAAGGGGGCAGGACUUUAUAUCCCUGUGGAGGAGAUUAGUCCUGUGAUCUGAGGAGCAGGACCAUAGGAUGAAAAUACCUGGAGAGGAUCUUCGCUGAGAGCCAUCAGCCAGCAUUCCCAGAAGCUGGGAAGUGACUGCUUCAUGAGUAUGUGGGAGUGAGGGAUGGGGAGAGGAUAUAUCUGGAUAGGAUGCCACUAUGUACACUGUAAAUGUCAAUAAAGUUGUGACAUCUUUCUCUUAUAUUAAGGGAUUAAUCGGUCCCAUGAA